UUUCCAGUGUCAUCAGGGUGGUCAGGGCCUUGCACGCAGCACUUCCUGCCUGCUGGGUACACUGGGCUCCUCUCGCCGCAUCCAUCCGUCCAUCCAUCAGUUGCAUGUACCGUUAGCUCCGCAGCUAGCAGCUAGCUCACCAGGCCCGACGGCCGGCCGGUGCAUCCACAGCUUCCAGCCAUGGCGUUGGUCACUCUGCAGCGGUCCCCGACCCCCAGCGCCGCAUCCACCGCCAGCACAGCAACCACCACCGCGGGGGAGGAUUUUGGGAGUGAAGAUGACCGGCGAAUAAAUCAGAGCCUGAGUGAGAGCUUCUUCAUGGUGAAAGGUGCUGCUCUCUUCCUGCAGCAGGGAAGCAGUCACCAGGGCCAGAAAGCACAUCCUCACCACAAACACGCAGGCGACUUACCUCAACACUUGCAGGUGAUGAUAAACAUUCUUCGCUCGGAGGACAGAAUCAAACUGGCGGUGCGGCUGGAGAGUGCAUGGUCGGAUCGUGUGCGGUACAUGGUGGUGGUGUACACCAGUGGGCGACAAGACACAGAGGAGAACAUCCUACUGGGAAUCGACUUUACCACCAAAGACUGCAAAAGCUGUUCGGUCGGCAUGGCGCUACCUCUGUGGAGUGACACAAAGAUCCAUCUGGACGGAGAUGGGGGCUUCACUGUGAACACGGCAAGUCGGACUCAUGUCUUCAAACCCGUGUCGGUGCAGGCUAUGUGGUCAGCCCUUCAGGUGCUGCACAAGGCAUGCGAGGUGUCACGCAGGUACAACUACUUCCCUGGAGGCAUGGCUCUCACCUGGAUGGGCUACUAUGAGAGCUGCAUCGCUUCAGAACAGAGCUGCAUCAACGAGUGGAACGCCAUGAAGGACUUGGAGACCACACGGCCUGACUCACCCACCAUGUUUGUGGACAAGCCUUCAGAAAGAGAGAGGACAGGGUGCCUCAUAAAAGGCAAACUCAGAAGCAUCAUGACGUGCAGGGACCUCGAGAACGUCACCUGCAAACAGAUCCGUACAGAGUUGGAACAACACAUGAACUGUAACCUGAAGGAGUAUAAAGAGUUCAUCGACAAUGAGAUGCUGCUGAUCCUGGGCCAGAUGGACAAACCCACACUAAUCUUUGACCACGUCUACCUGGGAUCGGAAUGGAAUGCAUCUAAUUUGGAUGAGCUGCAACAGUCAGGGGUUGGCUACAUCCUCAACGUUACCAGGGAGAUAGACAACUUCUUUCCAGGCACAUUCAGUUAUCACAACAUACGCGUCUACGAUGAAGACGCCACUGACCUGCUGGCUCACUGGAAUGAGACGUACAACUUCAUUGUUAAAGCAAAAAAGAACCGCUCCAAGUGUCUAGUUCACUGCAAGAUGGGUGUCAGUCGGUCUGCCUCCACUGUCAUCGCUUACGCCAUGAAGGAGUUCGGCUGGUCGCUAGAGAAGGCUUACAACUUUGUCAAGCAAAAGAGGAGCAUCACAAGACCCAACGCAGGCUUCAUGAGGCAGCUGGCCGAGUACGAGGGCAUCUUGGAUGCUAGUAAACAGCGUCACAACAAGCUGUGGCAUCCAGACAUAGACUGUGAGAUGGCAGAGGGGCAGCAGGGGUUGUCUCAGUGUUGUGGAGGGGAGGAGGGCUGCCACCUGACUCCAGAGCCAGGGAUGUCUCCCUGCUGUGAGGAGACGCUGUCUGAUAAGGGGGCUGCAUGUCCCUCCCCGCGCAGGACUGCACUGGAGAUCGACCCCGCCUACAACAACUACUAUUUCCGCCGACUCUCUGACUCCGCACUGGACAGCGAACCAUCAACGCCUGUACGUGGCCCUCCCCUUAUCGGGAUGGAAAAGGUCUUUAUAGCGAUCGAGGAUGUGGAGCGCGACGCUCUGCUGGAUGAUGAGGCCUUCGAUGGGCGUGAAGGUCUGCCGCUCUUUGGACCUUCAGCGGAGGGGACUGCAGCCCAGACGUGCUCUCGGGGCCCUGAGCCGCUGGAGGAGCUGCGUUUGAGGCUGGAGUUCAGCACAGUGCAGGAGGAGGAUGAAGAGGAGGUGCAAAAGGAAGAGGCAGAGAUGGAGGUGCUCAUGCAACCAGAUGAUGUAGGGGGUGGGGAAGGAGGCGGAGGAGAGGAAACGCAAGAUGUGGAGGUAGAAGGGGAUACAGAGGGUAAUGGGAUGGACCUGGCAACCCUAAAUGAAAACUCCAACAAUAACAACCAUUUGAGCACUCCACAUAACCUCAAUGAAAAAGCUUCCCCCCUUCCUCCUCCAGUUGAUGCUUCCACACUGUCCUGCAGGGAUUCCAAACUGAAAGAAGACUCUCCACCCCUGGUUUCUAAGCUUUGCCUUAACCCCAGUCCUCCUGAAGUUCCAAGUGCUUCAUUCCCACUGUCCCACACCUCAUCUAAAGGCCUCACAUCUUCAGUGGGACUGCUGUGCCCCUGUGGCCCUCUGUGUGACUGUGCCAACUGUGCUGUUUUGCCGCCCACAGCUCUACUUGACAGAGAGGAGCAGCCAGGAGACUCACUGCACUUACCGGAUGGUAGUUUAUUGGAAGUUAAGACUAAGAGUCAGAAAAGUACAUCUGCAGCUGCCUCAGAGUCUCUGCCUGAGCUGAUGAGUAUGGACUUGGAGGAGGAGAAGCUUGAUGUGGCUUGUUACGUUGGAGACCAAAAGGAACCCCUGUUACAGCUGCAGAGGUCUGGACUGGUCCGCCGGCGUGCAGAGAGACUAGAGAAACUUUCAGGUUUAUCCCAGGAGAGCUUGCUCUCUCCGAAGCUUUUGCAAGAAUGCCAAGGGUCCACAACCAGCCCUAUUCACACAGAGGAGGAAGAGAAGUGCUCCAGCUUCACCGGAGACCUCCCUAAAUCUUCUACACCACGCCAAGUGUGGUUAGAGCCGCUGGUGGUGCCACUGACCAACGAAGCCUUGUUGGGGGUGGUGGGGUCCGGGUUGCUUACGCCCACCUCCUCGCCGCAUGGCUCCACACUGACACGCAGCUCCAGCAGUGACAGUCUGCGCAGCGUGAGGGGGAAACCCGGCCUCGUGCGUCAGCGUGCGCAGGAGAUCGAGACCCGCAUGCGUCUGGCAGGCCUAACCGUGCCCUCGAGGCUGAAGCGGUCCAACUCGCUGGCCAAGUUGGGCAGCCUCAACUUCUCCUCGGAGGAUCUGUGUUCAGCAUGUUCCUCAGACGCAGGAACACUACUGCUCCUCUCACUGUCCCCAGAGCCAGACCCGGGCCUGGAGUGGGACUCCCCCACCACCUCUGCUCUGCCCCGGCCCUGCAAGGACCUGCACACUCCAGAGAGAGCACUACCAGGUGAGCCCAGAAGCUGACAUAUCAAGUGGAGGAUACAUACACUCCACCCAUCCCCUCAUCUGUCACCCUGUGUUGCUGGAUAGUUGAGUCACAGGAAACAAAUGAAAACAAAAAAAAACAAUGCCAACUGUUGUUAUAGUGUACACUCUCCUUUGCCACAUUGUUUCUCAAACUGCUGUUCAUAGUGAUGAAAGUCAUAUUGUUGUAUCUGACAAGCGUGUAAGGCCAUCAGUUCACCUCUAACUUUGUUUGAUUCAUGGACAAACAAGUGCCUUACCUAUGAGACCAGAGGCACAGAGCUGUAUGUGAGACUGCAGGAUGAGACGGUACGAGACGCUCUAUAACCUUUAACUUCAAAGCUGUUAGUACCUGAUAUUUACCAAACUAUGGUAUCCAUUGGCACUAAGAUUAUUUUUACCUGUCUGGUACAAAGUGGUAGCCUACAUGGACAAACUUUCCUCAAUGGAAGUUUACAGAAAGCAAAGUGUUAAUAAAUGUAGAAUUGUUUACCGCACACUUUAUGUUUUAGACGCUAGAGGGUUGUUAAAUUAAUGGUUACCUCAUGUUGCAUUCAUGGAGCUCUUCCACGGGCUAGAGUUUAGACUCAGUUCAUUUGCUGAUGUUGAAUUAAAGUGAGGAAAUCAUUUUUGAGGUGUAUGAUAAUGCAUUAAUGUGUGACUAUGUGAGUCUGUGAGUGAGUGAAUGGGAUCAAAGUGAAGAGAGAAGGUUGUGACUUUGUUUUGCCAGAGGCACGCUCACUGUUUUCAACAAACAGAACAGAAUCAUUUCUGAGUUUGUUGUUCCUUUGCACUGCUUUUUUUUAUAUUGAGUGGACACAAGCAAGCUAUCUUCCAAAAUAACAUCAGAGUAAUGUUAUUGACCUCAUCAUUCCCUAAAUGUUGCUGGGAGAGCAGAGUGAGGAGUCAUGUUGCAUGGCUCCAAAUCCCCUAGUGUGACAGGAACUGAUGAUUUAUGGCAGUCAAAUCACAUAAUGUAUUUGAGGCUAAAGUUAUCUGGAUAUUUCUGACGAAAUAUGAACACAAAACAUGAAACAUUUUACAUCCAAAACUGUCGUUACCUUAAAUUAGCUCAUCCUUGAGGGUUGCCAACAUUUUAAACUCAUUUGUGCUUUUUGAAAUGUGAAAGACCAAAGUUCUUUGGCUGUCUCAGCAAAUUGAAAACACCAUUGAAGCUGUACAAAAUAUGUGAACCAUACACAUAUCAUACACACACAUACACAUCUUUUUGCACCUUCUGGGAGAAUUGAAAGAGACUCAGUGUAGUCUUAAGGCUCAUAGCUGUUAAGUUUUUAUGCUAAAAUCAUCAGUGAGUCUGAAAGCUUUUGUGACACUCACUCGACGAUCACAAACGGUUACUUCACAGUUUUGUAACCAUUUUUCUUUUUAUAUUUAAGUAUGCAGUAACUUUUGUACUGUACAUUGCUGUAGUUUGAAUGCAUAUUGCACUUUUUAUGUUGGUCAAAAUAAUGUACUGUAUUUGUUAAUUAUGGAAAUAAACAUUUCU